GCGGCCGAUGAUUUACGGACGCCAAGGUUCCCAGACAAUCACGAUUGUACAGAAAUAAGGCCGACACACACGGUAUCCACGAGAAAGUGUGAGAACGUGAACGACCAUCCGUUCUCUGUCAUCAUCGUCAAUCUACCCCUUCUCGUUAUCUACGCGCCGACAAGAUGCCCGGCUCCCAAAAGAAGAGGCAGAUGAUGCAGCCAUGGCCCCUAUGCCUGGCGCCCUUCGCCAGAACGAAGGAGCACAGCGUUCUACCCAAGUACAACACAAGAGUGUCCCCGGUUAUCAGACCCACACCAUCCAAUCCUGGAUCUGCUCUGGACUGCUCGUCCAACAGCACUCUUGCGACAAACAGCAGUCCCUUCAACAGCCAAACCGCCCUCAUCGCCGAAAGGAAAUACUUCCCCGGCGAAACCGGCAAAUCAUCUACAAACCACUACUAUGCCGAGAACCUGAGAAAUAAUCAUCAGAAGGGCUUAAGUAGGUCGCGGAUCUACAAUCCGCUCGAUAAAAAUCAGGACGUCGAUUACAAGCAGCUCGAUCCGCUGCUAUCGAGUGAGCAGAGUUCAAGCGCCAAGAUCUUCAUGGAUUCCCAGGAGAUGGUGAAACCGCCGAAGGACGCGCAGGAGCCUAUACCGUCCAAGGAAUUCCCGAAGAGUACCAAGUCAUCAUGCUACAUGCGGUACCUCAGUCAAAUAUUGGCUGCGUUUGCGGUAUCGGUGGGUUCACUGCAGAUCGGUUAUGCGAGUUCCUAUACAUCACCAGCGUUAGUAUCCAUGCGCGACAAUAACACGAAUACGGACUUCGAAGUUACCCCACAAAUGAGUAUGUGGAUUGGAUCAAUUAUGCCGCUGAGCGCGCUCGUUGGCGGCGUCACCGGUGGACCGUUCAUCGAAUACCUCGGAAGGAGAAACACGAUACUCGCGACGGCGUUCCCGUUCCUCGGAGCAUGGAUCUUAAUUUCGAUGGCUACGAAUAUCCCGAUGGUGUUGGUUGGACGCUCGUUAUGCGGUUUCGGUGUUGGAGUCGGAUCUUUGGCGUUACCCGUGUACUUGGGUGAAACAAUACAGCCGGAAGUGCGCGGUACCCUUGGCUUAAUGCCCACCGCCUUUGGUAACACCGGAAUAUUGCUAUGCUUUAUGGCGGGCAUGUAUCUGGAUUGGAAAAGCCUGGCGGUGUUAGGUGCGAGUUUGCCGAUACCGUUUUUGAUUCUGAUGUUCAUGAUUCCGGAGACGCCAAGAUGGUAUAUCUCGAAGGGGAAAACAAAAAUGGCACGAAAAUCUCUUCAAUGGCUGCGUGGCAAGCAAGCGGAUAUAACCGAGGAAUUGAACAUCACCGAGAAAAUGCAUCAAGAGUAUCUCGAGAUGGAACGGACCAAUGCGCAGAGCUUAUUCUCGGAGCUGAUGAAGAAAAACAAUCUUAAGCCGCUUCUCAUCUCCCUCGGACUGAUGUUCUUCCAACAAAUGUCCGGUAUCAAUGCAGUAAUAUUCUACACGGUGCAGAUCUUCAAGGAUGCUGGUAGCACGAUCGACGAGAACCUAUCCACCAUAAUCAUCGGCAUAGUGAACUUCAUCGCCACCUUUGUCGCCGCGGCCGUGAUCGACAGGCUGGGCAGGAAGAUGCUGCUGUACAUAAGCGCCGUGUCGAUGGCCCUGACUCUCUUCGCCCUCGGUGGAUUUUUCUACGUCAAAUCACAGGGAAUAAACGUAGAUGCCUUCGGCUGGCUGCCGCUGGUCAGUCUAAUCGUGUACGUGAUAGGUUUCUCGCUGGGCCUCGGACCGAUACCCUGGUUGAUGAUGGGCGAGAUCCUGCCUGCCAAGAUCCGCGGCUCGGCUGCAAGUAUUGCAACUGGUUUCAACUGGUCGUGCACGUUCAUCGUGACAAAGACCUUCCAGGACGUCAUAGAAUUGAUCGGCGCGCACGGUACCUUCUGGCUCUUUGGCAUUAUCGUUGCGGCGGGAUUCAUCUUCGUGAUCCUCAGCGUGCCGGAGACGCGCGGCAAGUCGCUCGAAGAGAUUGAGAAGAGAUUCACCGGCCGAACUAGGAGGAUGAGCUCGAUCGCUAAUAUGAAACCGAUGCCGAUGUCGUGCUAGCCGCCAAAAAUUCAAAAAAAAAAUCGCAACACGUCCUGUCGAGGACGAGCAGGCUCGUUCGAAGAGCCUCUUACGGCGUUCUUCUUCUAAGGGAAAGAUUCCCUUUAAGGACAUAUGCUUUCCCUUAAAGGGAAGUUUUAGGUUCGAAGGUACGCUUCUAUUUUUCUGUGGAAAAAGGAAGCAUAUCUGCUCUCUCCUCUUUGGCUCUUCUUAUCUUGCUCUUACUUUCGAGAUUUUCAGUUCGUUAUUGCAAGGCCUAUCGACGAAUUUGAACGAAGAGAUAAUCUUUUCAAAGAGAUAAUCGAUAAUAUUGAAAAUAAGAAGAAAAACGAAAUAUGCAGGAACAAAGCAUUUUUCUCAUAAGACUCCUUUAAUUACAAGAGUUGAAGCGAAGACAAUUGAGCGAAGAAUUCUAAAGAUUCAAGGCAGUAACGAUCUCUUAAGAGCUUGAAAAAAUUAAUCUUAAGAUAGUUAAUCAAAAUAAUCCUUUGAUGAAUUUUCGAAAUGAUAAUCUUUACAAUAUCAAGAAAGCGAUAUGAUCGACUUCGUUCAUUUGCUUCUUCAAUCUGUCCUCGUAAAACGCGACUUUGGCGGAUUUCGUUUCGAUAUUCGAUUUAUAUUCGAGAUGUGUGAUCGGAACUAGCGAUAGAUGCCAAUACAUUAUCCAAUCCAAAUUCGCGAGAGUGCGAGUUAUCGAUCUUAAUACAAAUUUCUAGGCUAUUAUAUAUUAUAAUUAGCUUUAAAUUAACCUCGCGGGGGUGUAAACGAGUGUUGCUUUCCCCGCUGAGGAAAAUGACACGCGAUAUGCGCGACUAUCAGAUGUUGACUAGUAUGUAGUUGUAAUUGUAUUUUUUGUUACUUGACAGUCCUAAAGGACCUACCUCAGGUUAAUAUUAUGCUACGGUCGGAUGUGCGCGGAUAUGUCUCAACGCGAGUCCCGCGCUUUUUUCUCUUUCCUUUUUUUUUUUGCGCAACGCAGUUCGAUCGAUUGCCGCCACAUGUACUUUGAUUUUUACGAACAGCAUACGCAUAAUAUGUACUUAUAUGUAUUAUAUACAGUUAUUAUAUGUCGAUCGAGAAAAAUCGAUAAUUCUUCGAGUUAGGAAGUACGAAUUUAUCGCGUAAAAUAUAAAUUUUGAUUACAAGAUCAAUCGCGUUCCUAUGCAUCUUUUUCCUCGCUCGUCCCUCUUCAAGAUGAUUAAAAUAAAUAACCGGAAGUCUUUUUUUUGCGCCAUUAAAUAAUACUGUUAUGUAUCCAUGUACGAAAAUCGUCAUCGUUAAUUUUGAUCGUGACUCGAUUCGCGUAUCUUUCUUUCAUUGCUCUUUUUGCGACGCAAAAAUUUUUACAAAAUAGGGAGAGAGAGAGAGAGAGAGAAAGAGAGAGACAAUCAAAGUAUGAUUGAAAUUGAUCAAUAUUGAAGAGGGAUUGAUCCUAAGUGAUUCUCUUCAUGAUCGCGUAUUAUUGUAAUCUUUAUAUUAAACAAAUGAUACUCGGAACCUGAUCGCUGUAACAAUGUGCGAACACGAUUUUAAAUGUACGUAUGUAUUAUGAGAUAAGCAUUUUAAUAGCAGAUAUAUAUUUUAUAUUCUCUAAAACAGGGGAUUAGAAGAAAGUAGGCGUGCGUAAGUGUAGUUGUGAUAAAAUUCUUAAGGAAAUUAUGUAAAAUAUGUAAAAUGUAAGCGUAAGAGCAGAGCCUAAGACGGUCGUAAAACAUCCGUCGAAUUGCCAAUAUUCAAAAGAUGUAAAACUGUGCCUCGAUAGCUAGCGAGUGUUUCCGGUCAAAUAAUGUAAUCGGAGAAAAAAAUACGCUGUGGCGAAUUUUUACAUAAAAAAUAUUAAUAGCAAUGAAUUUGUAUGUAUUGUCUAAAUUAUUAAUAUAAAUUUCUAUUAUUAAUUUAUCGCUUGAUUGUAUAAAGGAAAAAUUGCAACAAGUCGCAAAAGUAUUAUCCGAAAAAAAAUUAUGAAAUGAAAUUAUGAGAAAUUAUGAGUUUUAAAAACUAAAGUAAAAGAAAUAUGGUUUUGAGAAAUCUCACUCUAAAGGAUUUUUUAAAGAAUUUAAGACAUUUAAAGAAAUUAAUCUUUUAAACUUUUGUCUUAUCUGGAUAAAAUAGUCAAUAAAACUAUUUUGAUAAACUAUAUCUAGUGUGCUAUAUGUAUAUAUCUUGCCUUAUUACAUUCGACUGGAUACACUCACUGUAUGUUUUGAUGCAGGGUAACAUAAAUCUCAGCAUAUCAUAAUCGACGAUUGACGUAAACGUUAUUAAGAAAUGUUAAAUGUGUGAUCAUAAGCGUGCUUGUAGCUGUGCGCGUCCGAAUUGAGGACGAAGAAUUCCAUUAAUAGCGAAUCUCAUUUAGUGUAUAUAUAGAUAGAAGCGUUUUUUUUAAUUGUUUUCUUUGCCCGCAUGUUAAAUAGCAUGUUAAAAUAAGUGUUGUUUUUACAGAGUGCUGCCACGUUUUAAAAGCAUCGAUCGAACAAAGCAUCAUUCCUACUGUGCGAUUUAAUGUAUAAUUCAGCCUAAUAUUGUAUAAAAGCAAUAAGUGCGUGAUGCCUUGUCUUGAUAUGCAAAUUGAGUUACAUUAUAUUGCUCUUCCUCGUCUUCGCACCAAUGACCAAUCAUUGUAUUUUUUUGUUUCUCGUAUUUCCCCUUUAUAUUUCUUUGUUGCUAUAAAUAAGCGAUAUAUCUUGCUUAUUUAUAAGAUACUUGCCAAAGCAAAAUAAAGAUGAAAUAUUUUUGAUAAUUUAA